GGGAUUAUGAAAUUAUGAACUUUUGAAGGGCAGUUAGAGGAGGGGAGGGCUUCCUAGGACUACAGUUCCCAUGAAUGAAGGCAGGGACUACAGUACCCAUCUUCCUCUGAAGCCGAGCCACCCAGGGCAACACAGAGCAAAACCUGGACUGAGAGACGACUUUUUGCCUUGGAUAUAAAGGUCAAUCCAGAUACAGGCGAAAAGAGCCCGGAGCCAUGCCAGCUUUGCCUCUGGAUGAACUCCAGUUUACGGAAAAAGAUUCACUGACUGGGAAGAUCAAAACUUUACCAGCGCUGCAUCCCCGAAACAAAACCGACCGCUCUUUUGUGGUGUACAAGCCUCUCCCGAGCACCGAAGAUCCAGCCCUGGUGGAGGAGUUUUCCGAACGAGCCAGAUUUAUCGCGGGGGAUCUGGAUUGGCUCCUGGCUCUGCCUCAUGAUAAAUUCUGGUGCCAGGUCAUUUUUGACGAGUCGCUUCAGAAAUGCCUGGAUUCGUACCUGCGCUACGCCCCCCGCAAGUUCGACACCAGGACGGACCUCCCUGCUGAGGUGAAAGACCUGGAGAAGCGUCUCCAUCGGAGCGUUUUCCUAACCUUCCUCCGCAUGUCUACCCACAAGGAAUCCAAAGAUCAUUUCAUUACACCAUCGGUAUUCGGAGAAGUCCUUUACAAUAACUUCUUAUUCGACAUCCCCAAGAUCUUGGAUCUGUGUGUGCUGUUUGGAAAAGGCAAUGGCUCCCUACUCCAAAAGAUGAUUGGAAACAUCUUUACCCAGCAGUCAAGUUACUUCAGUGAUUUGGAUGAAACCAUGCCUACAAUUCUUCAGGUUUUCAGCAACAUCCUGCGUGCCUGUGGCUUGCAAGGCGAAGAGGCUUCAGCCAGUCCACAGAAGCUGGAGGAAAGGGUCAGGAUGACUCCAAAGGGGCUACCUUUGCAGGAGCUGAAAGAUAUUAUCCUCUACGUGUGUGACAGCUGCAUCACCCUGUGGGCCUUUCUCGACGUCUUUCCCUCAGCUUGCCAGACUUUCCAGAAGCACGACUUCUGUUUCAGGCUGGCUGCUUUUUACGAGCUGGUGAUCCCCGAGUUGGAAUCCGCUAUCAAGAAACGGCACCACGAAAAUAUCAGAGUACUGUCAGAUUUAUGGAGGAGGCUGUCUCAUUCUCGGAAGAAGAUGGUGGAGAUGUUUCACAUGAUAGUCCACCAGCUGUGCCUUCAGCCCAUUUUGGAAAGCAGCUGUGACAACAUCCAGGCCUACAUUGAAGAGUUCCUGCAGAUUUUCACCUCCGUGCUUCAGGAGACGAGGUUUCUCCGAGAUUACGAUGAGCUGUUCCCUCUGGCAGAUGAUGUCAGCCUCCUCCAACAAGCCUCUUCAGCGCUAGAUGAAACUCGAACGUCUUACAUUUUGCAAGCUGUGGAAAGUGCCUGGGACAAAACAGAUAGAAGGAGGAAAACGAUCCAAGAUCCACCCCUCUCUGUAACCGCAACCGGGGCCGUCACAGUCCCCGGAGCGUCAGAGCGAAUGGAACACUUUGAGGAACAGGAUCGCCUGGAGUGUGCUGGAGCAGCUGCAGCUCCCGUAGCCCCUAUCUCUGGAGUAGAGCUGGAUUCCCUGAUCUCUCAGGUGAAGGAUCUGCUCCCUGACCUUGGAGAAGGCUUUGUCCUGGCCUGCUUGGAGGAGUACAACUACAACGUGGAACACGUCAUCAACAACCUUCUAGAGGACAAGUUGACGGCCUCCCUACAGACGCUUGACAGAACUAUGCCUAGGCCUGUGAAACCAGACCCGACUCCGCUUGUCACUUCCCGAUGCAACGUUUUCCAGGAUGACGAGUUCGAUGUUUUCAGCAAGGAUGCGGUGGAUGUCUCUCGGAUUCAGAAAGGCAAAAGGAGCGACAAAUCCACCACGAAAAGCUUGCUGAACGACAAGCGCCUGGUGCAGGAGCAGAGGGAACGCUACAGCCAAUACUCCGUGAUCGUUGAAGAGGUCCCCGAACCGAGCGGGGGUCGCCUCUUCUCCCAGGAGGAUUACGAGGACGAAUACGACGACACCUACGAUGGCAACCAGGUGGGAGCAAACGAUGCGGACUCCGACGAUGAGCUGAUCAGCAGAAGGCCGUUCACCAUCCCGCAAGUCCUGAGGUCGAAAGAAGAAGAGGAGCCGGAGGAAGAGGAGGAUGAAGAAGAGGAGAUGGAGGACAAAGAGGCAACAAAGGAUCACUUCGUUCAAGAUCCAGCAGUGCUGCGGGAGCGAGCGGAGGCCAGGCGGAUGACCUUCCUCGCAAGGAAAGGGCCAAAGCCGGAUAACUCAGCAGCCGUGACUGGUGCUGCCAAGGGCCGCGGCCAAAGCCGAGAGACGGUACAGGAGCGACGGAAGAAAGAAGCCAGCAAGGGGGCGAGGGCAAACCACAACAGACGCGCGAUGGCCGACCGGAAGCGCAAUAAAGGCAUGAUCCCGUCUUGAAAAAAAGUGACGCGCCAGGGAGGCGUGUUUUGGAAUUGCUCCCACCCACCCCACCCACCCCCCAACCAGGAGAGAAAAAGCACCUUGCCUUUUGUAAAGAUGGUUUUCCUAGGGAAGCACAAAUCCACACACGAUUACCGACCUGCCAAUAGGGUUGUGUCGAGCAGCUUGUGGAAAUUGUGCGUUGUUGAGAAAUGCAGUUUCUUUAAACCGCUCCUCCGGAAACUUUUGCCGUUUUUGAGUUGUCCUAUUAUGUUCCUCUGUCAGACCUGCCUCAGUCUGAGCUCCUGGGAAAGUGAAACCCUCGAUUCCCAUUUGAUGGAAGUGGAAAAGCACUUAAAGAGAUGCUGAUUGCAGCAGUCAGACGUUCCCAUGCGCCACUAUAGAACCCUCUGGUUCCCCCCCAACCCUUCCCCCACCCCCACCCCCACCCCCAUAGUCCAUAUGUGUAUAGCCAAUCUGACAUUGCCGAGAUGUUUUGGGAAACGCUGAGAUGUUUGGGUUGGUGAAAUUCCACUCUCAGGGUAAUCGGCCUUGAAGAUCCCAGCGUGCCAACAUAAACCAGAUUCCAAACUGCCUGCUCUUCCGUCAAUUCCCCCCACCCUCCAAUUUCCCAUCCUAAAGCUACACAGCUUCGUUGCCCAUUUAUUCCCCCGUCCCUUCCCCGAUGGAUUUGCAGGACACCAACAAGGCACCAGUCCUGCUCAAAAGCCAGCUCACGUUUUCUUCCACUGUGGGUUUUUUUUUUUUUUCCCCAGCCGAGUUGAAACUUCCACCUCAACUCGAUAUUGCGCUGCAAAAUGUUGGCUUCCGGCGGUCUAAUUUGUAAGCCCCACGGCGAGGUGGGCAGCAAAUAAAAUACAUUUCGGCAUUGUGAU